AGGAGGGGGACAAAGAGAAAGAGCCUGCCAGUCGGGAGAUCAGACUCCGAGGAAGUUACAGUGCAGUGUGGGACCUGAUGCUUGACAGAUUUAUUUUUACUUUUCCCAGUGAUCAAGAACUAACUACAGUGGACUUGCAGUCUUGAGCAGGGCUUUUAAUAAACCAUGGAGCCAGAGCCACAGCCAGGUGACUUGAUAGAAAUCUUCCGUGUUGGCUAUCAGCACUGGGCUGUGUAUGUUGGAGAUGGAUACGUUGUUCACUUUGCAAACAUCAGUGGCUCGUCCGGCAUAAAUUUGGGUCAGGCUUGCAGUGGAAAAGUAAAGAAAAGAAAACUCAGGCAUGUGGUUCAAAACAGCAGGUGGCAAAUAAAUAACAAACUGGACACAACACACAAACCUCGUCCAGCCCAACAAAUAGUGAAAGAGGCCCUUUCAUAUGUGGGUAAGAAGAUGAUCUACAGUGUCCACUUGCGUAAUUGUGAGCACUUUGCCACUGAGCUGCGCUAUGGCAAAGCCAUGUCUUUGCAGGUGAUUAAGGUUGCAUCAGCAGCAGGAGCAGCAGUAGCAGGAGCAGUAAUAGCAGGACCAGCAGUGGCAGCUGCAGCAGCCAUUACUGCUUUGCUUGUUGUCAAGAAUUCAGCAUCUAUGUCAACUUCCUCCUCCUCCUGAAUCUAUUUCUCUGUCUGUACUCAAUGGAAUACUUGAAUUAAAUGUGUUGCAAUUUUCAA